AUGCCUCCCGCAACAUCAUUCAAAGCGGACAAUGAUAUCAUCAGACACCCUUCACCAUUCAUCCUAAACGUCAUUGGAGGACGCCCAAUAGUAAGGCAUAAAGGCGCAGCUAAGAGCCAAACGUAUAGGGAUCCCAAUGAAAUCGCCGAAGACGGGACUGUGCAGAUGGAAAUGAAAUCGUUCACAAAUUCGCCCUCGUUUUCAUCAUCGUCUUCAACUUCAACUACGAAGCCACCGAAAGGUAUAAGACCAACGAGUGGACGUGUCAAGCUAGGGAGUCGCCCGAAACUUGAUUAA